AUGGGCCUCCCGCCCCGACGCGCCCCUUCCCCCUCCGAGUCCGGCUCCGCAUCCGGCUCCGGGUCAGAAUCCUCCAGCAGCAGCGAAGACUCGGCCCCACGCAGACCCCUAAUGGCCCGCCCAAAAUUCAUCCCCAAAUCCCAACGCAACAAGACGCCCGCCCAGCUCGCCCGAGAGCAAGAAUCGGCUCUGGUCGCCGCCGAGGAAGCCGCGCGCAAAGCCGCUGCUGACGCGUUGGUAGAAGAACAAAUCGCCAAGGACCUCCUGGCUCGGAAAUCAGGAAAAAAAGCCUGGGACGACGACGACGAUGAAGAGAAUAAACUCGAGGUGGAUGACACUGACGAUCUUGAUCCCGAGGCGGAGUAUGCUGCUUGGAAGCUGAGGGAGUUGAAAAGACUGAAACGGGAGAGGGAGGCGAUUGAGGCAAAGGAGAGGGAGCUGGCUGAGGUGGAGAGGAGGAGGGGGUUGACUGAAGAGGAGAGGAAAAAGGAGGAUGAGGAGCACUUGCGGAAACAGAAAGAGGAAAGGGAGGGGAAGGGGAAGGUGGGGUUUAUGCAAAAGUAUUUCCAUAAGGGGGCGUUUUAUAACGAUCAAGGGGCUGAAGCGGGGUUGGUGGGGAGGGAUGUGAUGGGGGCGAGGUUUGCGGAUGAGGUUAGGAAUCGGGAGUUGUUGCCUAAGGCUUUGCAGAUGAGGGAUAUGACUAAGGUUGGGAAGAAGGGGGCGACGAAGUAUAGGGAUAUGAGGAGUGAGGAUACGGGGUCUUGGGGGGGGAUUAGUGGGGGGAGGAGGGGGGGACCUGGGAGGUUGGAUGAUAGGGGGUUGGAUGAAAGGUUUCAGAGUGAUGGUCGAGGGGGGUGGAGGGAGAGGGAGGGAGGGGGGGAGGGGCCGAGGGGGUCGAAUGCCGUUCCGUUGGGGGAGAGGAGGGAGAGGGCGAGGGAUGAGGACAGGUACAGAGAUCGGGACAGGGAUAGGAGGGGGAAUGAUGAUGAUGAUCAUCGGGAGAGGCAUCGGAGGCGGGAUGACAGUCGUGAUCGGAGGCGGUCGAGGUCACGGUCACGAUCUCCGAGACGGAAACGCUCGCCUUCACGGGAACGGGGGAGGGAUCGGUAUGAUAGUGACAAGCGGAGGAAGAUAGAUGGCCGGUAG